UUGUUAUUAGCAUCGACAGCUUUGUGCAGAAAUGAAUAAUGACAAUCCAAAUAUUAUAUUUAAUCCACUUAUAAGCUCCAUACAAAAAGUGGUACUCUAUGAAACGCGGUCGCGCUUGUACUUGGUGGGCAGCAACAACCGCGAAACCCGAUUUCGCUUGCUCACCAUCGAUCGGUUGGCGCUUAACCGCUUGAGUAUUGAGGAGAAUGCAAACGAGUUCAACAACUUGGAGAUACGCAGAUUCGUGUCCUCUUUAACAGGGUCACCCAAAGUAACCUCCGCUUAUGGAGUAUUGGGCUUUGUUCGAUUCGUCGAGGGCUACUACUUAAUACUAGUGACCAAGCGAAAAUGUUGUGCCCACAUUGGCAUGCACUUGGUGUACACCAUCAAGGAUACGGUGAUGGUUCGCGUAAACGAGGUGACCUCACAGCGGCCUCCACAUCCGCAUGAGGAACGCUACAAACGCAUAUUUCAGAAUAUUGAUCUACGCAGCAACUUUUACUUCUCUUACUCGUACGACUUGACCCGCACGUUGCAAUACAAUGAAUCGGCUCCACGUUAUGUUGGUAGCAAGCUAAAUCUGGAACGGGACGAACCUUUGCCCGAUUGGAAUACGCUGACGAAUAAUGUGGCUCAGGUACACGAACGGGUUGACUACGCCUUUCGCAGCGUUUCACGCAAGCGUUUCGUGUGGAACGCCUACCUGCUGCAGCCGAUGGAGGGCAUUAUGCAUAAAGAUUGGCUCUUGGAGGUCACACACGGCUACGUUAGCCAAUCCUGCAUUAGCAUCUUUGGCAGGCAUGUGAAUGUUUGUCUCAUAGCACGACGCAGCUCCCGCUUUGCUGGCACACGAUUUCUGAAGCGCGGUGCCAACUUUAAGGGCGACGUUGCUAAUGAAGUCGAAACGGAGCAGAUUGUCAGUGAUGGACAACGCCUGUGCGCUUUCACUCAAAUGCGCGGAUCGAUACCAUCCCAUUGGUCGCAGGACAUCAGCAAAAUGGUGCCAAAGCCGCCCAUACAGCUGGACAUCUGUGAUCCGUAUGCCCAAACGCCGUCACGUCAUUUUGAGCGCCUGCUCUUCCACUACGGCUCUCCACUUAUCAUGCUGAAUUUAGUAAAGAAACGUGAGCGGCGCAAGCACGAGUCCAUUAUUUCCAAGGAGCUGCAGAACAGCAUAAAAUAUCUCAAUCAAUUCCUGCCGCCUCAGCAUCGCAUGAAGCACAUACAUUUUGAUAUGGCACGGCAGAGCCGUCUCAGCGGCGGCAACGUCAUGGAACAGUUGGCCGUGCAUGCGGCAAAUAUUAUCCAGAUGACGGGCAUGUUUUAUAAGGCGCAUCGGGGCAGCGAGCUCAGCUUCCAGACGGGCAUCGUUCGAACCAAUUGUGUUGAUUGCCUGGAUCGUACCAACUCGGCCCAGUUCGCCAUUGGAAAGUGCGCUCUAGGCAAUCAAUUAGAGCGUUUGGGGUUUGUGAAGUCAGCCAAGCUGGAGUUUGACUCGGAUUGCGUGACCAUGCUAGAGCAUCUGUAUGAGGAGCACGGUGAUACCUUGGCUCUGCAGUAUGGCGGCUCACAGCUAGUGCAUCGCAUCAAGACCUAUCGCAAGACGGCCGCUUGGGCGUCGCAGGGCAACGAUGUAAUGCAGACUCUGAGUCGUUAUUACAGCAAUACAUUCAGCGACACGGAGAAGCAGCAGAGCAUUAACUUGUUUCUGGGACUCUACAAGCCAAAAUGUAAGAUAAUAAAUCAGCCGAUAUGGGAGCUUCAAACGGAUUACGAUAUGCACAAUGCCUUUGUGCCGAGCACAUCGAACGCUUCAAUUACGGAUUGGGUACGGCAUAAGGUGCGCGAGUGCUUGCCCUUCCCCUGCGCAGACAAAAACAAGCUGGUCAAGGAGCUGUUUCGAGUGCACAGCAAUGGGUUGGAGAUGAUUGAUGCCUACUCCAAUUACCACCAGUCAUUCAAGUGGACAGAUCUUAGCGAGCACAUCGAAUUCGAGAUCAGCCAACUUGCCGCGCGAUAUAUGCCCUCAAGCCGCACCAACUAUAGUCCGUUUCAGCGUCAGAUACAGCCGUCGCGUAAGGCCCGACAGAAUCCAUCGAUGACUGGCCAAAGUUCGACAGGUUCCAUGAAUAGUAACUCCUCCAGCUCUAAUGAGGGCGAGGACAGCUCCAGCGAUGAGGAUCUCAGUGCCAGCUUUGCCGAAAAGGAGUCCAAGCAAACGGAAACAGCUGAGCCGACACCAUUCACACUAGCCUCAAUGCUGCCUUCCAUGGAGCAGGUGUAUGGCUGCACCAUCAGUCCGCCACCCAAACAGAGCAUGGCCAUCUACAAAAAGUACGUGCAAAUGGGCAAACUGUCUAGCGGUGGCGCACAGCCAACCCAAACGGCAGUUGCUCAACGGGAACAGGAGCAUGCCAAGAUGAUGCGAGGCAUCACACUUCGUCCGCUAAGUAACUACGGCACCGAUUCCUAUCUCAGUGUACAACCGCCAACCGUGCCCGCCGAGAGUCAACUCAUUUAUGCCGAAUACUGCAAGACGCCGCGGAACUUCAAUGCGGUGCCCAAGUUUGAAGAGUCUGAUUUGUGGAAUCGUUAUGUACAGCAGCUUUAAGAGUGCU